GAAAAAGAAGAAAAGAACUUUUUUAAAAGGCCUGCUGAAGUAAUGGAUGAACAAAGCUAUGAAGAGUGUAUAAGCCAUUCAGAUGUUGUUAAAGCAAAAAAUAUGAAUCAACUUAACUUUUCUGAGAGCAACAAACAUAAGACUUUUGAUGAUGGCGAUGAUAAUUUUUAUAUGAAUCGGCUUAACCGCUGGCUUAAGGAUCGAUGUUCCAAUCGUCUUGCACACUCCGACGCGGAUUUUCUUUGCAAGGAACAGUUACAUGGUGAGGAACUUUUAGAGGAGGAGUUUUUAGACGGCGGCGAUAAAGACUUUAUAACUGGCGAAUUCAAAGUUCCCGGAAGUAUAUGGAAGCGAUUAUUUAGGCAUCAAAAAGUUUGCGUAAAGUGGCUUUGGGAAUUGUUUCAACAACGUGUUGGAGGGAUAAUUGGGGAUGAAAUGGGACUCGGUAAAACUAUUGAAGUCAUUGCAUUUCUUGCAGCAUUAAAGUACAGCAAAAUUGGUCGCAAAUGGCCGCGCCAUCCUCAUAAAGGCUUUAAUUUGGCCCUUCUGGUGUGCCCCGCGACUAUUAUGACUCAGUGGGUUAAAGAAUUUCACAAGUGGUGGCCUCCCUUUCGCGUUAAGUGAUAAAGAAAGCAAAAAUUUGCAACUUCGAAGGUUUCAAGAAAAAGGCCAC